AUGUCGCCGGGACUGAACGUCGGAUCACCAGGCAGCGCCACCGACGAAGCUGCAGAGACCGAAGCAGCACGAGCAUCUCAGUCGAUCUCGUCGCCGUCGCUGUCUCGAAGUGCCUCCAGCGCGAUGAGGCCUCCUCUGAUGCCGCAUUCGACCGCCUCGUCCAGCGGCAGCGUGCAGGGCGACAAUACGGGCGUUGGUGGCGGGCCGGGCCCGCUGCGUCAUCCCAGGCCCAUGACUAUAUCAGACAUCCAUCUAGAGCUGGAAAAGGAGCAAGAGGCAGUGGUAAACCGUCUCACGCGAGAGCUUUCUCUUCUGCGUGCCCAGACCGCAUCCGUCGCAUCAACGGCGUCGUCGACAUCCACGAACGUCAACGACCAGAUCGACGGUGCACCGUACAGCGCCGUAGCCUCCCCCCGGGCAACGUCAGCCUCCCGCCAUAGAUCGUCGUCGACUCUCAGCUCCCGAAGCAUCGGCGGAUCGAGCUAUGUGCCCGGCAGCGCCAUUGCAGCGCUGACAAGCGUCGUCCCGUCGCGAGACACCGGAGCGUCGUCCUCACGCCAAUCAAUGGACUUCCAGCGCCCGGCUGCCAGCCGUGAAGCGUCUGGAUCGUUCCCCCGCCUGCCGGAAAUGGUGUCUCCGCCGCUACAUUCACCACAUAGCUUGGAGGAGUCGGCAAUGCGAGCUCACCGUCGGUCGGAGUCUGCGUCGAGCACGACUCGGUACGAAGAGGCUGCGCGGCAUCGAGCCGAGCUGGAAAUUGUCAAGCGGGAGAACGAGAGUCUGAGACGGCGGGUUCGCGAGCUCGAGAAGAUUCUGCGCGAGCGUCGUAACGUGUAGCUUCGAAGCGGGUUGUCAGGCCAGGGACAAGGAUGCUGCUAGACCGGGACGUGUACGCCGUAGACAUGGGCUGUUUUUCAGAGACAGGGUUUCUUUUUGUGCGUUCUCAGUGUUAUUCAGUGGUCACCGUAUGGGCCAGCAGUAGCAAUUGACCAGUAUCAUCACUCUUCCCUCCACCCCUGGCUAUAGCCACGCCGUCCCAAGUGAUAUUCACGACAAGAUACUUCUCGACGAUAAUAUAAUAGUAAGUACUUAAUAUAACUGCCAGUACCGCCUCGUUUCACA